GAAAAAUGAAUGAAUGCUGAACUACCAACAAGACGUGUUGUUUGAAGAUUACUGCUGAAUGCUCAUGGUCGAUGUUUUUGACUCCACAUUGGAAGAAAGCCCCUAGUAAAUGCGGUUGGCUUCUGCAUGAUCUUUCUUUCUUUUCUUCAUCAUCAUCUUUUCUAUAAAUACUAUUGAGAUGUUGCCCACGUUGUCUGAAACAACCAGUCUCUUGUGUCCUCUUGUAUGAACGGAUCAAGAGAAAAGAAGGAAGAUUUGGAGCGGAUCUUCAGCUCCUUUUUUUCUGAUCAUUCUUCGGAGACCCUUUCUUUUUUCAGCUUCUCCCGCAUUUAUAGCUCUCUCCUAACUUUAACUGAAAUGGGUGAUUCAAGAUUUGGUCAUCAAUGGUGUUUUCUUCUAUUUCUAGUCUGCUUGUUACUGCUCAAAGCAGAAGGAGGUAGCAUUCCUAUCACUAUUGUUGAAACUGCAAAAGCUAAAGGAGCUGUUUGUUUGGAUGGAAGUCCACCAGCUUACCACAUGGUUGAGGGAUCUGGUUCUGGGAUUAACAACUGGUUGGUGCAUAUGGAGGGAGGAGGAUGGUGUGGUGAUAUUGAAAGCUGCUUAGAAAGAAAGGACACUUACAAGGGUUCAUCUUCAAAAAUGGAGAAGAUAAUGGGUUUCUCUGGCUUACUGGGGGAAAAACAAGCAUCUAAUCCGGAUUUUUACAACUGGAAUAGAAUCAAGAUCAAGUACUGUGAUGGGUCAUCCUUUACUGGUGAUGUGGAAACAGUUGAUCCUAAAAAUCAACUAUACUUCAGAGGAGACAGGAUUUGGCAAGCUGUUAUUGAUGAUUUAUUGGCCAAAGGGAUGAAAAAUGCUCAAAAUGCUAUUCUUUCCGGCUGCUCAGCUGGUGGAUUGGCUGCUAUUCUGCAUUGUGAUAGAUUCAAAUCUCUCCUACCUGCUACUGCUAAAGUAGGAUGUGUUUCUGAUGCUGGUUAUUUUAUUCAUGGAAAGGAUGUUGCUGGUGGGUUUGAAAUCGAAAAUUUCUUCGGUCGAAUAGUUGGCUUACAUGGAUCAGUAAAGAGCCUUCCUCCAUCUUGCACUUCAAAAAUGAAACCAGAAAUGUGUUUCUUCCCACAAUAUGUGGCUCAGAGUAUGGAAACUCCACUUUUUGUCCUGAAUCCAGCCUAUGAUUUCUGGCAGUUAAAGAAUAUUAUGGCACCUAGUGCUGUUGAUCCUAAAGGAACUUGGAAGAGCUGCAAAUUUGACAUAACAAAGUGCUCAGCUGAUCAACUCAAAACUGUGCAAGAUUACAGGACGCAAUUCUUAAAUGCAUUGAGUUCUGGAGCAGGCAGCAAACCAGCCAAUGGAUAUUUUAUUGAUUCUUGCUAUGCACACUGCCAAUCUGGAGCAACUGCUACUUGGUUUGAUUCCAAGUCUCCUCAAGUGAACAAGACUAAAAUCGGAACUGCAGUGGGAGACUGGUUUUUCAAUCGAGCCAAAAUUGAGAAGAUCGAUUGCCCUUAUCCUUGCAAUCCAACCUGUGUGAAAGUUGAUUCUGAUUCAUAAGAGCAACAAGCAAAUUCUAAACCAUAACAACAAAGUAUACCCAGUUCAUGAUUAUGUUGAAUAUUAAAUUUGUUUUCAUAUCAAAGUUAAGUUCAAUGUUUCUAUUUAGAUACAUACUUCCGUUGUCUUUGAGAAGUGUAUUAGUCAUUCUAAAUUUGAUCUAAAGAGUCAUUUGUAAUGCUAUAUCUGUUUUUUUAUUAUAAUACAAUAUAGAAAUCAGUUUUCCUUUCUUCCAACA